UGGCCGUAUUACUAUUGGAAGUGAAGUUGUAAGGUGGAGAGACUUUCAAAGGCAGCACAAAUUUCGAUCGAACGAGGAAACCGCCCGUUUUCUUUUAGAUCAUAUUUCCAGCUGUGGGAAGAAAGUAGAACAGAAAGCUACAACAAGCACUCCAUUCAAAACAAGACCAUCUGUUUUUGAACCUCCAGUAUCUGGAAUAUCUUCCAUUUCCAGUGAAGCAGAGAGUGUAACAACCAUAACUGCCACAGAAGGCAAAAGCUCCUCAGAUUAUGAGACCACAAUGACAGCACCUGGAACUGACAUCAGUCAUGCCGGUGGUACAGAGGUGAUAGGAACUUGUACCACGGUUCCUUCAGUGCGGAAAAAGGGCCAUGGAAUAACAUCCAACCCAAAGUUUGCCUCAUUCACAGACCCUUUUAACCUGUCCAUCGAUGUCACAAAUAUUGAGGAUGAGGAUGAAGAUGAAAACGACUCGGACUAUGAACCUAGUUUCAGCUUUGAAGCUGUCUUACCAGAUGAUGUUAACCAAAACUAUGAGGAAGCAGCAUUUGAAGAAGAGGCAUUUGGAAAAGAUGGUUGUGAUGAUGAUGCUGAUGCAGAAGAAGAGUCUGCAGAUGAUGACCCUUGUCCUGGCAUUCAAAGGCUAAAGACUGAGGCAGACAGUGUGCACUUGAUAGGUUCCGCUGUCUGUUUUGCAUAUGUCUCGGCAAUCUUGUCUCUAGCCCGUAUUAAAGUGAUGUCCUGUUCAGUGACAGGAUGCACAGAUCCAACCAAUAUCUGUGUCACAGAUUAUUUCAUUGGAUCAGCGUUGUAUCUCAAAUGGGUAAGAUAAAAAUCAAUCAUGCAUUAAAGAAGGAUUACAGAUAUAAAAGGAAAAAAGUCAUUGCUAGCUACAUGUUGUAAAUUUAUUACAACCUUCAAAGCUAUAUGCAUCUGUACAGCAAAAAAAGUGAGUCCAUGUACCUAUUCAGAAAUCAGACUUGUUAUGCCCCCCCCCCUUCAAAUAAGAAGAGAUGUAUUGUUUUGCACAUGUUUGUCCGUUAUUUGGUCUGUCCACCAAAUGGUUUCCGGAUGAUAACUCAAGAAUGCUUAGGCCUAGGAUCAUGAAAGUUCAUAGGAACAUUGAUCAUUGCUGGCAUAUGACCCCUAUUGAUUUUCAGGUCACUAGGUCAAAAGUCAAGGUCACAGUGACCCGAAAUAGUAAAAUGGUUUCCGGGUGAUAACACAAGAACGCUUAGGCCUAGGAUCAUGAAACUUGAUAGGUAGAUUGAUCAGGACUCGCAGAUGAUCCCUAUUGAUUUUCAGGUCACUAGGUCAAAGGUCAAGGUCAC